ACAGCCGACCUGUGUCCAUCGCUUAACCGUUCGUGUCGCUCAAUCGUGUAAUAGUGAACUCAGUUAUCUCAAGCGUCUAUCUUUACAAUCAGUUGGCGUCUAUCUUUACAAUCUGUUGGGACGCUUUCCCAAAAAUGACGCAUGUGCGGUGUGUGUUACUUGUGGUGUUAUUGCCCAUACUGAUGCAAAAUGCAGUCGAGGGUACAGCGGUGUAUGACAGGCGUCAAGUGGAACAGGAAUUUGUGGAUCCGCGACUUAUCGAAUUAGCCGUCGAAAGUGAACGUCUCCACAGCUCGAAUUUACGGAGUUUACCCGGUUUGAAGCUGAACCCACGUGAGAUCGCGAGACUGGCCGAGAUGUCCGAGCGGCUGGCCAAAGAGCAGGCGUCGCAGAGCUUCUACGACCAGUACGAAAUAGACACCGGCAAGAAACGCAAAGGUGCCGCUCGACACCCCCCGAAAGACACAUACUACGACGCCGAGUACCAAGAAUACGACAGUGACGAGAAAUCAGGGCGCCUCGUCGAUUCGGAGACCAAGUCGACCCAAAACCCGAACAAAGUGAACAUCGCGGAAAAUGUGGAGAGCUUCGAGCCUCAAGCUCAAACUCCGAAAUACAACGAUGCUGACACCGCAACGACAAACUUCAAAGCUGUGACCCGCGUAGUGCCAAAUAGUGCAGCAGGUAGUGCAUUCCGGUUCCCUAGUGACGGGGGCGUGACCAACCGGCGACCGAACCCGGACAAGUAUAGAGGUCUCGAAGCACGCGCAACGACGAGUAUCACCCCCUCGGAGGCGCCGGAACACAGAAAGGCCGAGAACGGAGAGACGACCAGCGAGUCAAAAGACCCGGUCAAAACCGCCGAACCGCCCAAGAACAUCCAGGAAAUCGUAGGAGACGCCAAUAGAGAUCAACCUCUGGAGGGUGCUGGUUCCAGGCUUUUGGGUGUCGGCGGUGGUUUCCAUGGCAGCGGUGGGGAGUACGAUAAGGAGAAGCACUACGAGAAGGACGGCGGGAAGAAGUUCGUAGAGGCCCACAAAGCCGAGCAAGGAGAAAAGGCCGACAAAGGGUUCAAGAAGGAGGAAGCCUACGAAAAGGGUGAGAGUGAGAAACACGGACAUGAAGAAAAGGCAGCCCACGUGAGCGAGAAAGGCGGGGACAAGAAGGGCCACGUGGAUCAGGCCCAACACUACGGCGAGGCACACGAGGGGAACGUAGGCGGCAAAGGGAUCUCCGUGGUGAAGAAGGGCGGGCACAAGAAGGGACACAAGUCCUCGGGUUUCCACAAGGUGCACCACAAGGACGAGUACAAGAAAGACGAGGUGUUCUACGACGAGGGUCACGAUCUCGGCGAACAGGAAGAGCAUGCCCACGAGGAGGAACAACACAAGGAAGAGAAGGGCGCCAAGGAGAAGAAGGGACACUUGGACGCGGGCUACCACGAGUCGCACGGGGCGAAGAAGGGUGAGCAGGACGAGGGGCACAACUACCACCAGUCAAAGGGACACAAAGGUGAGGCCGGGCAGCAGGAGCACCAUGGCGAGGAGGAGGAGUACGCCAAGAAGGCUGGGCAUGCCGAGGGGCAUAAGUUCGGGCACGGAGAGGUCGGAGGUGGAGGUUUCUCUGAUGGUGGAUUCUUCAAGAAGAAGCGAUCUGUGAACGGUACCACCAAAGCUCAUCGGUGAUCUCGACUCUGCUGGUGAUGAUUGGUGCUUUUAGCGGAAUAUCAAACAGAUACUCAAAACUGAAUGACUAUGGCGAAAAAUUUGAAGAAAUCCAAGUUUGCAAGGAAUUGCAGUUUCGUGUUGUGCGGCAUUGAUCAGUGGAUUUUUUUCUCAUUUAAACGGACUUACCGAUGUACUGUGCCGUCUGAUGCCUCCGAUAAGAAAAGGCAACUCACUUUAAAACCAGCUUCUGGUUUGAAUCAUCUUAUUGAGGUAAAUUUGUUCCUGUGACAUUCUGUAACGCAAAAUGGAUUUUUAAAAUCCUCCAA